AAAAAAGAAAAACCUUUCUUCUAAUUAACCCUUGUCGAUUUUUCACUUAUAAAACCAGAAGAAUUACACCAAAGAGCUCAACAAUUGCACCUUCUCCAAAGAGUUCCUUCCAAUAUGGACGCUCUAAAUUCCUACGCAUCAUCAGCAGCGAUUGCACAACAAACCUGGGAAUUAGAAAACAACAUCGUCACAAUGGACAACGCGCCGUCAGGCGCGUCACCUGAAAACGCCGCCGCAUCAGACGCAAUAUUCCACUACGACGACGUGGCGCAAACGAAGUUCCAACGUGAGAAGCCGUGGGCGAGUGACCCACACUUCUUCAAGCGCGUGAAGAUCUCUGCACUCGCACUUUUAAAGAUGGUUGUACACGCGCGUUCUGGUGGUACGAUUGAAGUAAUGGGAUUAAUGCAAGGGAAGACUGAUGGUGAUGCUAUUAUUGUUAUGGACGCUUUUGCCCUUCCUGUUGAAGGUACUGAAACUAGGGUUAAUGCGCAAGCUGAUGCUUAUGAAUAUAUGGUUGAGUAUUCACAGACUAAUAAGCAGGCUGGUCGGCUGGAAAAUGUGGUCGGGUGGUACCAUUCCCAUCCUGGUUAUGGAUGCUGGCUCUCUGGCAUUGAUGUAACUACACAAAUGCUUAACCAGCAAUACCAGGAGCCCUUUCUUGCAGUUGUUAUUGACCCAACAAGAACUGUUUCUGCUGGAAAAGUUGAUAUUGGUGCCUUCCGAACAUAUCCUGAAGGAUAUAAGCCUCCAGAUGACCCCAUCUCAGAGUACCAGACCAUUCCUUUGAACAAAAUCGAAGACUUUGGAGUACAUUGCAAGCAGUAUUAUUCAUUGGAUGUUACGUAUUUUAAGUCCUCUCUCGAUUGCCAUCUCUUGGACCUACUAUGGAACAAGUAUUGGGUGAACACACUUUCUUCUUCUCCUUUGCUUGGAAAUGGAGACUAUGUUGCUGGACAGAUAUCUGAUCUUGCUGAAAAGUUGGAGCAAGCUGAAAAUCAACUGUCCCAUUCACGUUUUGGGCCCUUAAUGGCACCCCCUCAAAGGAAGAAGGAGGAAGAAUCUCAGCUUGCUAAGAUUACACGUGAUAGUGCUAAGAUUACCGUUGAGCAAGUUCAUGGCUUAAUGUCGCAGGUUAUUAAAGACAUUCUUUUCAAUAGUGUUCGUCCGUCUGGCAAGUCGCAAGGAGAACCCUCUGGUCCUGAGCCCAUGAUCGAAACCUGAGAAGUUCACACCCUAUUAAUCCGUAUGUAGAUCUGUUUGGUGCAACUUAAGGUUUCUUUUUGCAGUUAACUAUACAACUUUGACUCUAUUAUGUAGCUCCAAAGAGGUGAAAGUUUACGGUGAUUGGCUCUCGAGAUUUUGUGUCCAUUGCCGUUUAACGGAAGAUUUUGCCUUUCACUUCUUCUUUUCCUUAUUGUUAAUUAAAAGUUUAGUAUUUUGAUAUGUU